UCUCUCAUUUCAUUUCUCCCCAUAUAAAUUCCAAUUCCCUUUCUCUUUCACAAUUUAAUUCAUUCACGCCCAUCAUCAUUUCCAUACAUUCAUUCUUAUUUCCCCUUACACAUUUAUUUCCUUUUAACUAACUCGAUACCACGAACAAAAAAAACUCAUCCGAUAUUAUCUACUUAUAUAUACUGUACAAUAUUUUGGUCGAAGGAUCUAAGCUAUAGUUUUGUAACAUAUAUAUUCUAAUAACAUUACAAAAUAUGGGUAUAGAAACAUGGCUAACCAAAGUAAAGAAAUCCAUAUCACAUAGCUUUGAUUCCAUUCACGGUCAUCAUGUACCGCCAAACGGAAAACCGGUGAUCAAGAAAUCGAGGGUAGGAGUGUUAGCAUUCGAGAUCUCAGGAAUCAUACCAAAGCUCAAUUCCAUGUGGCAGAGUCUUUCCGAUAAUAACAUGGCUCGUUUACGCAACGAGUCUUUAUCUCUAGAAGGCGUCCGAAAAAUAGUUUCAACAGACGAUGUUUUUCUACUGUCCUUGGCGUGUGCCGAGAUGGUUGAAAACUUGAAAGUGGUAGCCAAGAUGGUGUCGAGGCUAAGCAAACGCUGUGAAGACUCGAGUUUGAGGUCGUUUGAUACGUUUUUUGAUGGGUUUGCGAAUACUGGUCGCGACCCUCAUGGUUGGGUUUUGAGUUGGAAAGAAAUGGAGGUUAAAAACAAGAAAAUGGAGCGAUAUGUUACCGCUACGGCUGCACUUCAUCGAGAGAUCGAUGAGUUAACUGUUAUAGAAAACGGUUUGAGGAAACUUACACAGUGUAGUACUGAUCAUCACAAAAAGGAGCAUAAUUAUACAAUGAAGCAACAAAAGAUACUUGAUUUGCAGCAUAAACUCGAAUGGCAAAAACAAGAAAUCAAGUAUCUAAAAGAGAAAUCUUUAUGGAAUAGAAGUUUUGAUACAAUAACUUCAUUGCUUGCAAGAUCAAUCUUUACAAUCCUUUCAAGAAUCAAACUUGUUUUCAAUAUUAACCAUGGUUUUCCACCAUCUCUCCCUCGAAGCCUUUCGGCCUCUGCCACAGUCUACCCAUCCGAUCACACUACAAAUUCUUUCAACUUUGUAUCCGGGCCGUUGAUCAAAAGCUCAAAACAUCAAGAAAACAACCAUCUUUCCCAUGGGUUUUUCGAGACGAAUUCCAAGAUUUUCAAACCAUCAUCAGAUACUUUAGGAGCUGCUGCUCUGGCUCUACAUUACGCCAAUUUGAUCAUUGUUACAGAAAGGAUGAUAAGAUCACCACAAUUGGUAGGUGUAGAUGCCAGAGACGAUAUAUACUCGAUGUUACCUAAUAGCAUACGUUCCUCAUUAAGACGUCGAUUAAAAGGAAUCGGGUUUACAGCAACUGAUCCAGCUCUUGCAAGUGAAUGGAAAGAAGCAUUAGGGAAAAUACUAGGAUGGUUGUCACCAUUAGCACAUAACAUGAUGAAAUGGCAAAGUGAAAGAAGCUUUGAACAUCAGAAGGCAAUGCCGAAAACUGGUGUACUUCUUUUGCAAACACUUUUCUUUGCAGAUCAACACAAAACUGAGGCUGCAAUAACUGAGCUAUUAGUUGGUUUAAAUUACAUUUGGAGGUUUGAAAGAGAGAUGAAUGCUAGAGCCUUGUUAAGUUGCAACAAUUUCAAGAAUAUGCAAAAUUAAAAUGCUGCUAGCUAGCUUAAUUAAUUAAUUUCUUUCCCAAUUUUGUGUUUUUUUUCUUGUCAAAAUUUCAUUCUUUUUGGGUGGGUGGGGGUUAGUUGUAAUCAUGAUAUAGAUUGGUUUUGUAAAUUGAUUGAGUUGAGCCAAAUUCAGAUCUUGAAAGAUUUGUUUUAUAUAUUGGCUCCCUAAACUGAUCUGUAUAUUAGAAUACUGAAUUAAUAUUUGUAGAUCUUUCUGUUGAGUUCUAAUAAUUUUAAUAAUAUAUUAAUUGUUUAAUACA